AUGAGAUACACACUCCUUGCUCUCGCGCUGGUUUCUGCGACCCUGGCCUUGCCCACCGACCUCUCGAGCCAGAAAUCUGCCGCCGUGGCUCGAGAGACCAACUUUGAACCGGCUGGUUCUGACUCGUUCCCUUACCAGCGUGACGUCCAGGAUGCGCAGGAGACUACUGCGAAAGACUUUGAUGGACCUUUUGGUCCGGGCCUUCCAAAUGUAUGUGGUCCUUCAAUCCAAAGUGAUGACCAGCCUGCUGACAAAGCUGCGUGGAAGGGCGUUGCUUUUAGAAGAGAUCUGACUGGUACCAAGCCAUUUGUCAAGCGUGACAACCAGGACGCCUAG